AUGGUCACAGAAUUCGACGAUGUGCUUACGAACCAACCUGUGGUGAUUGAUAAUGGCACAGGUACCAUCAAGGCAGGUUUUGCUGGCCAAGACACGCCGAAAUGUUUCUUCCCUUCAUGUGUCGGACGGCCCAAGCAUGUACGCGCGAUGGCAGGGGCCGUUGAAGGCGAUCAGUUUAUUGGACGCAAAGCUCAGGAAUAUCGAGGGCUCUUGCGUAUGCGAUACCCCAUGGAGCAUGGUAUGGUCACAGACUGGGCCGACAUGGAGCGGAUAUGGAGCCAUAUUUAUGCGGAAGAACUAAAAAUUCUCCCAGAAGAGCACCCAGUCCUUCUCACAGAAGCCCCAUUGAACCCACGCGCGCACAGAGAACAGGCCGCUCAGAUUUUCUUUGAGACAUUCAAUGUGCCUGCAAUGUACGUCAGCAUGCAAGCGAUUCUCAGCUUGUAUUCGUCAGGACGUACGACCGGUGUCGUACUUGACUCCGGGGAUGGCGUCACGCAUGCGGUGCCCGUCUACGAAGGGUUUGCCAUGCCUCAUGCGAUUCGGCGGGUUGACGUGGCUGGUCGCGAUGUCACAGAGCAUUUGCAGAUGCUCUUACGUCGUUCUGGCUACCAUCUACACACAUCUGCUGAAAAAGAGAUUGUUCGGGCCAUCAAAGAAACGUGCUGCCAACUGUCUCUCCAUGGCUCAAAGCACGAGCAACAAGUGCAGGACAGUAAGAAAACUGUCGAGUUCACGUUACCGGAUGGCAAUAUUGUUCGAUUGGGCCAGGAACGAUACCGCGCGCCAGAAGCAUUAUUCCAGCCAGAGCUCAUCGGCCAGGAAGACGUAGGGGCUCAUCAGGUCCUUAUGGAUGCUAUCGGACGGGCCGACUUGGACUUGCGGCGACAACUCUACAGUAAUAUUGUGCUCAGCGGUGGUACAACGCUUACAAAAGGAUAUGGAGAGCGCAUGCUUUAUGAAGUGAAACGGCUCGCGCCGCAAGAUAUGAAAAUCAAGAUCUCUGCCCCCCCAGAACGCAAAUACUCGACCUGGAUUGGUGGCAGUAUAUUUGCGGGUCUCAGUACCUUCCGCAAGGUAUGGAUUUCCGCAGAGGCAUACCAAGAGGACCCAGGUAUUAUUCACCGAGCUUUGUAA